CUUUUCGCAAGCACUUGGUCACACUAAAGAGAAGCAACAGCGUAAAAAAAAACAUGCUGAUCGUUUAAGCCACUCCACAAAGCGGCGCGGCGCUGAACGGACGGAAAACGAGCAGAAACUGGAAUUGAACGCGAACGCGAACGCCGAGAGCCACGAAACAUAUGUGUCUGUAUAUUCGCCAGCGAUGCGGAGCUAAAUGAUUGAGUAGUGGACAAACCAACGGCAAUCGGAUCUGGCAAUCACGAUCCCGAUUCGAUCCGCAGAGCCACGUCUGCGUGGAGCUACCUGCCCAGUGCUACCUCAGAAACCCCUUGGAACUCCCUUCCCAUCCCAUCCCAGCCAGCGGAUACCCAGCAGAUAGCCAAUCCAACAACAUGCUGCCUCGGUUCCGUUCCUUUUACGGCAAGCUAAUCAUCUUCAUCCUGGUCGCCCUGUGCUUCAUCCUCUACAGCAAGGUGCAGCAGAAUGGAUCGCCGGAGCAGGAACAGGUGGCGCCACCUGCCCGGGUGGCCGCAUUACGCGGCCAUGGACGCGAGCGGUUCGAGGCCUACAGCGAUAGCGAGAACGAAAUAGCGCGACCCGCCACCCAAUCACCCUACGAACAGGUCAUCCAGCUGGACCUCCAGAAGCAGCAGGUGGGCCUUGGCGAACAGGGCGUGGCAGUGCAUCUGUCGGGCGCCGCCAAGGAGCGCGGCGAUGCCGUCUACAAGAAGAUCGCCUUGAAUGAGGAGCUCAGCGAGCAGUUGACCUACAACCGGAGUGUCGGUGACCACCGGAAUCCACUGUGCGCCAAGGAGCGCUACGACGAGGGAUCCCUGCCCAGCGCCAGCGUGGUCAUCAUCUUCUUCAACGAACCCUACUCCGUGCUGCUGCGCACCGUGCACAGCACUCUGAGCACCUGCAACGCGAAGGCCCUCAAGGAGAUCAUCCUGGUGGACGACGGCAGCGACAAUGUGGAGUUGGGCGCCAAGCUAGACUACUACGUCCGCACCAGGAUACCCGCCGGCAAGGUCACCGUGCUGCGGCUCAAAAACCGAUUGGGUUUGAUUCGUGCCCGAUUGGCCGGAGCUCGAAUCGCGACGGGGGAUGUGCUCAUCUUCCUGGACGCCCACUGCGAGGGCAACAUCGGCUGGUGCGAGCCACUCCUGCAGCGGAUCAAGGAGUCGCGGACGAGCGUCCUGGUGCCUAUCAUCGAUGUGAUCGAUGCCAACGACUUUCAGUACAGCACCAAUGGCUAUAAGUCCUUCCAGGUGGGCGGCUUCCAGUGGAACGGCCACUUCGACUGGAUCAAUCUGCCGGAGCGGGAGAAGGAGCGCCAGCGGCGCGAGUGCAAGCAGGAGCGGGAGAUCUGUCCCGCCUACAGUCCCACCAUGGCCGGCGGCCUGUUCGCCAUGGAUCGGCGGUACUUCUGGGAGGUGGGCAGCUACGACGAGCAAAUGGACGGCUGGGGUGGCGAGAACCUGGAGAUGUCCUUCCGCAUCUGGCAGUGCGGCGGCACCAUCGAGACGAUUCCCUGCUCCCGGGUGGGACACAUAUUCCGCGACUUCCAUCCCUACAAAUUCCCCAACGAUCGCGACACACACGGCAUUAAUACUGCCCGCAUGGCUCUGGUGUGGAUGGAUGAGUACAUCAACAUCUUCUUCCUGAACCGACCGGACCUGAAGUUCCACGCCGAUAUUGGCGAUGUGACCCACCGAACGAUGCUGCGCAAGAAGCUGCGCUGCAAGAGCUUCGAGUGGUACCUGAAGAACAUCUAUCCGGAGAAGUUUGUGCCCACCAAGGAAGUGCAGGGCUGGGGCAAGGUGCAUGCGGUCAGCUCAAACAUAUGCCUGGACGAUCUGCUGCAGAACAACGAGAAGCCCUACAAUGCGGGGCUAUAUCCGUGCGGCAAGGUGCUGCAGAAGUCGCAGCUCUUCUCCUUCACCAACUCGCAGGUGCUGCGCAACGAGCUGAGCUGUGCGACGGUGCAGCACAGCGAGUCGCCACCGUACCGGGUGGUGAUGGUGCCAUGCAUGGAGAACGACGAGUUCAACGAGCAGUGGCGCUACGAGCGCCAGCACAUCAUCCACAGCAACACGGGCCUGUGUCUGGACCACAAGGGCUUGAAGAGCCUGGACGACGCCCAGGUGGCGCCAUGCGAUCCCCAGAGCGAAUCCCAGCGAUGGACCUUCGAGCACUGAGCAGAGUGGACCGAAAAGCGGGGGGAACGGAAUGGGGACCGGGAUGGGGACCAAACCAACUGAGAGAUACUGACUAACGCCGACUGAACGGAACUCGAAUUCAAAUCAGAACAACACUGUGUAAAUAUCGAAUACUAGAACUAUAUAUAUAUUUUCUAUACACUGAUCGUGUAUAUUUAAGUUGAGGAGACGGACGGGGUAGCUAGUGCAAAUCAAAUGGAAUCAAAUCAAAUCAAAUCAAACAGCAAAUCAAAAGCAAACGAGUCAUUUGGAAAGCUAAUAACAAUUAACUGUGUGUUGUGUACUUUGUGUGUAUAAAUAUAAAUAGAGCAAGUUGUGUAAAGAUAGUAUGUCGGAACAGCCACAUCCUAUCUAAAUGAUAUAGUCUUCAUGUGAUCAUAUGUAGGGAUGUAAGGCAGGGUGUGGAACGAUUGCAUUCCAUGGCCAGGGGAUUCACCGCGGCAAUAACCAACUAUGUAAACUGUAAACUAAAAGUGUUGUAAGCAUUUAACUACUAACAUAACAAUUUUGCCAUUUGUUUUCAUGAAUAAAACACUUCCGACUGGAGGAUGCAAUGCACAUCUUCAAACGAA